AUGGAGACUCAAUGGAAACUUGAUGGACUUGAGCCUAGCAUUUCAGACGAUGAAGACAAGCAAUCUCAACAUCAUAAAAGUAAAAAAUUUUCCAAAAAAGCACUUAAGACUGUAACUGAUAUUCAGCAAGAAAAACUAAACAAAAGUAAAGAGAAAAUUAAAGAGGAAGAUAAAAAGUUAGAUGAAAAGUUAGAUGAUGGUAAAUCAAUUAAGAAAAAUGGUGAAUUAAAGGCUAACAGUGAAAAAGUUAACGCAUUAAACGAGGAAAGUGACGAGUCAAAAUCUAACAGCGAAGAUGCUUCAUCACCGCUUCAAAAAAUUAAAUCUGUAGAUCAUGCAUCUAAUUCCCCGGUGCAGUUAUCGAUUUCUGAACGUCUUGCUCGACUACAUGUUAAGGAUGAUUCUACGCAAGGUUUACCGGGAGAUAGUAAUAGCAUUCAGUAUACCAAAUUUGAAUUUGAUGAUAAAAAUAAAAAAAAGAAAAAGUUAGAUAAUAUGCAAUUGAUGAAUAAAUUAAAAAGUAAAGCAGAAAAGUUUGAGAAAUUGAAAAAAGAAGAUCCAGAGAAGGCUGCAAAGUUUCGUGAAAAUGAGGCAUGGUCUAAAGCUCUACAAAUGGCACGAGGCGAAAAAAUUAAAGAUGACCCCAAAUUAUUAAAGAAAACUAUUAAAAAGAUCAACUUUAAAAAGAAAACGGUUACCAAGACUCAAGCUGAACGGCAACAAAAAAGGACUGAAAACAUUCAAGCUCGUAUUGAUGCAAAGAAAAAUAAG